AUGCGCGUGGAGGCUCUAGCGAAUGAGACGUGCUAUUCGGACAUCACCUGUUUUCCAUUUGGACACCACAAGACGUGCCGGGGCCGCCAAAGGAGGCAAAUAUGGCAUGCCGCAGUAGGGCUGGAACUGGCCCCCCGCGACGUGUUCGAUUGCUGCUGCAGUCGCGCCGCCGCUUGGAGGUGCCUUGGCUCGUGGUGUCUAAAUAGAAGACAAGUGAUGUCUAAUAGCACGUCUCGGACGGACAACCCAUCCGCCACUUAA